GUGCAAAACAGCACUAACUGCUUAGUGGCUUUACUUGUGGUUGGAAUAGCCGUCAACAUGCAUGUCGUUAUAAAAUGUAUCAGUAAUUCACAAGACCUGGAUAGCUGUUAAACAUGUACAUGUAACUUACUAAAAUGAAAAAAAAUCUAGACAUCUGUAACCUAGAAAAAAAAGGUAGGUUUUCGUUUAUUUGCAUUUACAAUUGGUUAUACUGGGGGUUACGGGUUUAGCACCCCUGGACUGCCGAAAAUUGUUUUUAAAAACAUUAAUAAAGAACACGCCAGUCCACCUGCCAAAAGAGGCUGUUUUAUCAUGCUGCGCCUAGACAUAGAAUGAAGUGAACGCUUUUCGAAACAACUUGGUUGUAGCAAAUCCCAAGCUAUAUUCCAAGGAAAAGUAUAGUGUGAUUCUCCGUGGGAUGGAAGAGGCUUCACCAUCUUACUUCCAUCUUCAUCUAAAGUUGCAAACAUUCAAGAUUGUCAGCCUGCCAUGAAACCAAACGGUAAAAGGGUCUUAAUACGGGGAGUUUGGAGUGGAGAAUGUCUCCAUUUAGGUUGCGACCGACUUCUGUGGGUCUUUCAUAGAGAGUUGGAAAAAGAAAAUAAAGGACGAGAAACCACAAUGACGCGGAUUUCCAGCGGGUGAAAGCGGAUUAUAUUUGCUCGCCUUCGCGUCUUCGGUAAAUCCGAAGGUUAUGAAAAUGAUUAAUAAAUUUUGCAUGGCCCAAUCUCUUGUCUAUUGGUGAAGUUGACGGAUAUCCGGUCCUAACGUGUUAGCCUUAUUCAUCGGUACACCGACGCUAGGUCAUCCGCCGGCAAUCUGAUCGAGGAACUGGAGGAUAAGAUGGACGAUUGCAUUACAAUGCGCUUUUGUUCGGCUGGUUGACAUGUGGACCGGGUCUGUAGCUUUGAUGCGAAACAAUGGUGAAAAUACCUUCUUUUUUUGUUUGUCAUAGUAUUUGAACACAACAAAGUGCUUCUGAAUGCUAUUCAGCUGUAGUCCCACGGGGCGUGUAUCUAGAUAGACUAUCCACUCGUGAUUUGCCAGCACCUGCACCAAUACGUAAACCACUGCUAUCCACCAUUGGCAUUUUUUGUAGUUAAAGAAAAAUCCGGAGUCUGGAGAGAAAUAAUACAGUGGACGGCACAAGCGAGCUCAAAACAUCCUUACAUAAUGAAAAAGAUUGUGACGGCAGGAAAAGAUUACGUGUACUAGUUUAUAUGAACGGGAUGAAUCGUUUACAUGAGCUGCAACGGCUCCGUUCAUUCCGACUAAGGCGAAAACCUUCAGAUGAUGGGAACGACGAUCAUUAUGGUAAUGAAGAACGUGAGUCAGAGAGCACAACGUCUGCGCAGUAAAUAAACCACUGUAAGCACUGGCCAUAGAGCACAGCGCGAGCAUCUGAGAGAGUGGGGGCUUUGUCAUCGGAAGCAGUGAGGAGACGGCAGUAUACGGCUCUUCGUUCAUGGUCGGCGCACAUACAGUACACGCGCACAAGAGUUGCAGUACGUACCGACAUGUGUCGCACCGGUUAGUCUUCUUAACAGGCGGUUUUUGGCUAUUUGCGCCACUUUCAUUCCGAACAUCUCUGGACGGGAAUUCAAACGCUCUUCGACUUCGGCACAGGCGAGAGCCAACAGCAGUAAAAAGCCAUGACCCGCUGGCCGGCCGGGCUGAACCGCCCUAUGCAUAUUCUGGACUCUAGUUAAUAUGCAACCGCACCAAGGUCGCGUGCCGGUCGGACCGUGUUUUGCCGCGGCAGUAGGCCUAGGACUAGGAGUGUGAAAUGUGCUGCGCUCGCUAACUCACAAGGGAAAUUAGGUGCCGGUCGAACCAUUAUUUGUGCGUCCUCCCCAUCGCGCUAACCAUGCACUAACCAAGCUGUCGCUGUUCUCUCGUUGUCGUGAACAGGAAGACUGCAGACACCUUCCAAGCUCUCCGCUUAGCAAAAAGGAUGUAAACCAUACACGACUGGCAAGAAUUACCAGGAAGUGCAGAGCAUGGGGGGAAUUUCAUCCGAAAUUCUUGACGGUUAGCGUCGACCUCGCACGAGGAAUUAAGCCACGAACGGUGCAGCGCUCGGGAUUGUCCGGAGCAGACACAAAACGCACAGGAGACGGGUGGUGAGGUGCCGUGCGGAGGAGUAUGUCGUCGUUGGCCGUGCAUCCUCAUCGCCAGAACAGCCACAAGAUGAGGUUUUGGUUUCUUUGCUUCCAUUUUGUUGUUAUCUUCCACAAGUCGGGCACUGGGGGAGGGGUUGCUUUAGCGACCCCCAUGGACACUAGCGCCUGUCCGCCCCCCUGCCAGUGUUAUUCCACGCUCACCAUCGAAUGCACUAGGGAGAGCAACAUGACUGAGUUCCCGAGUCACAUACUCGCGCCGGAGCAACUCUUCACAAGAUUGAUUAUUCGCGGCCAAAGUAAUUUUUCCGAGCUGACAGGCCACUCGUUAAGAAACAUGACCAGUUUGGAAACACUUGAAAUAUCUCGUAGUGGCUUGCAGCAUGUAUCAGACGAUGCCUUCAUGGAGACUCCCAACCUUGUUCAGAUAGAUUUCAGUGGUAAUAACUUGAAGACGUUGUCAUGGAGACCCUUCAAAUAUAUAAUUAGCAAAUUGCAAAAAUUGGAUGUCUCGGACAACCCACUUGUGUGCGGAUGUGCCCUCGAUUGGUUGGUUCCCAGGCCUGUUGCUGGUCAGACCUCGUUUGACAUAGGGGAAUCAACCUGCUUUGAGAACACAAAGAGAGAUCCAAUUAGCUUGAGAACCAUGGACAUACCAGAGGGAACAUGUACUUUACCAACCGUCCAAGUGAGUCGAAGUGAAUUUACCUUCAAUAACACGGGGACGUUCGAGGUGACCUGUCGGGUGACUGGCGAGCCGACGCCGCAGAUCGACUGGGACACAAGCUCACUCGAGAGAGAAGGAAGCGUCAGUAACUUUACUGUGGUGGACUUGCCGGACGGUGGCAAGAAAUUACAGGUGGCAGGAGCCACGGGGAUUGCCACGGGUAUGCUGAACUGCAGCGCCUCCAACGAGCGGGGGCAGAAUUUACAAAGCGUUCGUCUGUAUGUACAAACCAAACCGCAGAUCGUGUCCUUGCAAAUGAAGAAAAUGUUCCAUUCCAGCAUAUGCUUUGAGGUGAGGGGGAUACCCAAGCCCAACACAACCUUCCUCAAGAACGGGAAGUUCUUCAUCUCGGACGUGCUUAAUCCCAACAACCCCAAUUUUGUGAAGAUGGCACACUUUGACCCAGAGCAGCCACUUAGCAACGCCCUGAAUGGAUGUGUGUAUUUCACCACCCCGUCGCACGUCGACAACGCUAACUACACCUUGGCCUGCACAAACCUACUUGGCCGCGACGAGAAGGAAUUGGAAGUCAUUUUUAUCCCUCAUCCAGUGAAACCCCCGAUUGAUGAUAUUCACGAUGAUCGGAAGUUUCCGAUCCAAAACCCCAUGAGUUCCGCACUACCCCCUCCCGACUCCGUUCCCACGGCAACCAGCUCUGUCAUUACAAAAGUGGUCGUCGUUUUGGUGGUGAUUAUCGUUGGAACCCUCCUGGUCGGCCUAGUGGGCUACAGGUACCGGAAGAGGCAGCACCUGUACCGGGGCAUCAAUCAGGACGGCAAUGCUGCUCCUUUCAGUGUCAUGAGCUUCAUGGAGAAUGGUCGGGGUGAUAAGAGCGAGAUGGUCAGCAUGAUUCCCAACCCUAACUACCUACCCAGAAAUGGCACGGCUGUCCACCACAUCAGUCGGGAUCAGAUGCGCUUUCUGGGCGAGCUUGGGGAGGGAGCAUUUGGUGUCGUGUGUCUGGGAAUCUGUGAGAACCUACCUGCAGAGGGUGACGUCACGAUGGUAGCUAUCAAGACCCUGAAAGAUGCCUCCAUCGGUGAUGCCAGGAAAGACUUCGAGAGGGAGGCGGAACUCUUGACUAAUCUGCAACACGACAACAUCGUGACGUUCUACGGCGUCUGCAUGGAGAAGGAGCCCUUCCUGAUGGUCUUUGAGUACAUGGAGAACGGCGAUUUGAACAACUUCCUGAGGUGUCGUGGGCCGGACGCCGAGUGCCUGGGUCUGAGCAAGAACCCCGCCUUGCUCCCGCUCACUGUCAACGAGUUGCUCUUCAUCGCCAAGCAGAUCGCCUCGGGAAUGAUGUACAUGGCUUCUCAGCAUUUUGUCCAUCGAGACAUGGCCACCAGAAACUGCCUAGUGGGGGACAAGCUUGUGGUCAAGAUAGCCGACUUUGGCAUGUCCCGAGACGUCUACAGCACCGAUUACUAUAGGGUUGGUAGCCACACCAUGCUGCCGGUGCGUUGGAUGCCACCCGAGAGCAUCAUCUACCGGACCUACUCCAUCGAGAGCGACGUCUGGAGUUACGGUGUAGUUCUGUGGGAAAUCUUUGAGUACGGCAAACAGCCGUGGUAUGGACUCUCUAACCAUGAGGUGAUCGAGUACAUCCACAACGGUAUCCUUCUGGACUGUCCGAAGGCGUGCCCUAAGGAGGUCUACAAGGUCAUGCUGGGCUGCUGGCAAAGACAGCCCCAGCAGCGACUGGUCAUCAAGGAGGCACAUGAGGCCAUCAGCAGAUUGUCCGACGAGAACCCGCCCUUUGUCGACAUGACCGGCAAGAAUACAUUUGUGUGAGCUGAUCAGUCAGUAGCGAUUAACCUCUGCCCCAGAAGCGCUCUACACUUCAUCACGAGAUUAUGUAAAGAUGGUAUACGUAAUUUGUCCGCUGAGCAGCUGUUGAACCGGUUUCAACCGGUGUAAAGUACGCCUAGACCUAGCCGGUUGCGCGACUCGGCGCCAACCGUUUCAAAAGCAUCCUCAGAAAAUGACUGUUAAAGUGACUGGCGCUGUGUCCUUACGCCGUUUGGGCUCCCCGUGUUUUCAUGCGGGAACCAGACAGAAAUCAAUGUCUCAUUGGAUAAUUCAAGGUUCCCCCAUUCAUCGGUGUUCUCCUUGUUUCCCUUGGCAUACACAUGGGAGACAAAUUAAUACGUUGUCGGACAAUUCAAUCUAUGCUUCUCUGUUAUAUUUAUAUCUACAAAUCGGUGCUUAAAAUACAUGUAACUACGUUGCAAGUCCUUGUUAAAUGAUAGACAAGCAGUCGGUUACUCAGUUUGUGUAACGUUUUGUUCAGUCUGGUGUGUUCAUAUGUAAGUAAUGCAGUAAACCUAAAUGUUGGAAUGUAUGCGUUUCGUCAGAAUAUUGGUGAUACAGUAGUUAUCUUGUCACGGACUUUUUUCAUUUGUACGAUGCCAUGAAACUUGGCGGGAAAUUAUUGUCAUGUUCUCUGUGUCAGUUUCACUGACAGCAUUAUACCGGGUCCCUUUGAUUUAUGUAAUCAUUCCCUGUUAAUACCGCCUCGUGCAUGAUGGUGUCGAUAUAGUUAUAUCAAAUGUGUACGUAUGAUAACCAUUGCACCUUAACAGAUAUUUUCUUGAGAACUGUAAACACUUGUAUAUUGUGAAUAAUUAUGUACACAAACGUUGGUGAGGAAAUAUUCAAAAGGGAGGCCUAUUGGGAGCCGCCUGGUGUGAAUUUGCUAAUUUUUUCAAACGAGACAAAAAAAAUCCGAAAAGUAACUUGUAUCUUCGUUAUGUAGAUUCGCAACUUUAAUCUACCAUUGACAAAGGCACUCAAGCAAAAAUGCUCCCAAGUGUACGGUGCAACAAAACAUUGUUAAGCACUGCGUUGACGUACACAUCAAUGGCCAAACUUUUAUCUUGAUCGUCUGAAAGAGCAAAGUAUCUGGAGGCUAUUUUUUUUUCAUUGAUUCGUAACCUCAAUGGAAGUCACUGCAAUUAGGUUGGAGAAUACACAAAUUUGUGACUUUUCGGUAAAAACUAAUCUUGAUUCUACGUAGACCUUGUGCAUAUGUCCAGCAUGGCGUCUGAAUUCCACAUUCCUUCCACCUAUUGAGAGAUUUAUUGCAGUCAAAAAGAACAAGGAUUCAAAACUGUACUUCCAUGAUAUUCUCUGAUAUAUUUCUCCAUUAUACAUCUGCUUCUCACUACGUUUACGCAUGUAUUUACGUAGAGAUAUCCUACAUGGCUGUUUCAUGUAUCAUUUUGCUUUGCUUCCCAAAACACUGUUAAAAAAAUCGUGUAAAGAUGUGUCUUGUACAAAGUAAUGUAAAUAUACAUUGUUGUCAUGUAACAAUGAGAAAUUUGAUUUUUGUAAGAAAACAAUUUUUCAGGGACCAAGGAAUUAUCUUUUUUCUCUAAGGCAACCCUUUUUAAUUCCAUGGUUCUCAUAGUUCUUGGUAGUUGAGGAGAGUCGGUCGGUCGAAGAAAAAUCUUGGGUAUAAACAACUGCAAGGUGAACACACUAAAGCUGAAAUCAUGCAAGUUAAUCGAUUGAUGAUUAACUGUUUUGCCUUUUUACAUUGUCUUUUAACUGACUUAAUGUUUAUUUUCAUGGUUUUUGGAGAAGUAAACAGAAUAAACCACCAAUAACCACUUUGUGUAAGUUACACAGAUUGAACAAAUUUGCACCUGGCACAUUACCAUCACAUAACAUCUGGCGUUCAAAAGUUCACCAGUUCCAAUAUGGUGGUCAACACCUUCAUUAUCUAGUGUUCCGCCAGUCGAUUCAUUCCCUAUAGUCACACGUACGUUUUGUGGGGAAAUACGAUAAUUACAGACAUUCAUGUCGCAUUUUCGUCCAGAAAAUCGGACGGAGUGUUCCUUUCCUUUCAUUUUUUCGUGGUCUUGUUGCUGACAUGGUUGGCGGAAUCCCAACAAUAUUUUUUCCUUCGGUCGGGAGCAGAAAACAUGGUCGGUCGGAAAUGAAAACCACACAUUUAAAGAGGGACACCCCUGAGAAGAAAGUCACGCUACUUUUCUCCUUGUAAACUGUACAUUUCUUAUUUCAUCGAAACUCACGUUUGAAAGAAUUCUCAUACCUCACUGGCGAAACCAGUGUUAUUUCUAUUCUCGCUGAUGCUACCUCUAUUGUUGCUUUUUAUAUCAGUAUAAGUUGGUUGCAUUUCGAAGUGUCGUCCAUUGGUAGAUGUGUUACGCUCAAGAGAAUGUGGAGGACUGGAAUAUGAAAGCACUUGUGCAUGGGCCUACGUUACUUUGACAAACUGUCUUCCAAAACCCAAAGUAGGCCUGCUGUUAAAGGGAACGCAUCAAAACCGUUCUUUGAUUCAUCAUUUGAAGGGCAAUGCUUUGGACCUCUCUGUACAUUGCGUUUGUUUGUGAUGGUUUCUCACAAAGGAAACACUGCUCGCCCUUCGUCUGAUUUGUUUCGGUUUGCGCGCGAUUGUUGCUGGUUGUCCACACAGGUGCAGCAACUCGACUUCUGGUAUCUUGCGGCUGCACCAGGAUGGUUUAUGUCAAAUAGCACCACUCCAUAAUCUCCAUGACAUUCUCUUUGGACAUCGGCGUCAGACGCAUACUGCAUCAAGUUGACACUUUUUGUCUGCUCAUGCCUCAAGCUCAUAUACUCGACACUUGACACUAGAUAAACAUCACGAUAACGUCAGUGUCACAAGCGCUAGGAGGAGAGGACGAAAGAUGCACCGGACACAGAAAGGAGACGAGAUAUUGCAAAAAGAGAGCCUGCUUAAACUUAUCCGCUUGGGUUUAAUCCUCUGUUUUGCCAUUUCAUUUUCUCCGUUUUAUUUGAAUUGAGUUGUUAGGCAUAAGCUCUGUUAGAAUCCAAAUGUUGCAUGCAUGAGGUUUGCGCCUUUUUAUUCCUCGUGUUUGGUUUCACUUUCCAUUUUAUACUACAGAAGUGCUGGUAACUUCCUCUUUACACAAAAAGAGCGUUUUCUUAUGCAUUUUAUUCGCAGGAAACGCUAUUUUGUGCUUGUUUAUGCGUUUUUAUGAUGUGGACAAAUUGAACAAAAUCUUGUUGUCAUAACCGACAACAUUUUUUCGAAGUAUUAAGUUAGAUUGCAAACAAUGCAGCUCUGGAUACAGCAUGCGGUUUGUUAUUAUCUGUGUGAAACUUUUUUGCAAAAGACUUAAGCCCAUAUUCACCUACCUUAUAAACGUGAUACAUGUAUUUUUUGGGGGGGGGGUUCUUUACUUAUUUCAAGUUUAGGUUAGAAUACUCACUUGUAUGCCUCUUUGUUGGUGAACAACGCCAAACUUCCAACACUACUAUUAUAUAACGAACGAAAUCUGAAAGGGGGAUAGAUGACAAAGAAGCACUUCUCUUCCCCGACAAAAUGGGGGUUGAUAAAAACCGAAAAAAGAACGAAAAGAAAAGAAUAAAUUGGUGGAAAUCGCUGGUUGCCUUGGAAAGGACCCCCUCCACUGCUAAUGGUUUGUCAGUCUGCAGCUGCUGUGUGCUCCCCCCUUCCCAAGAGUUACGCCCCUUCCUGGUGACACCAUCGGUGGGGAAGAUUAAAUCUCUUCUCACUUGGGUCACAGAAAUAAGAUUUUUGUUUUGUCAGCUGAAAACGUUACACAGCGUAAAAAUUCUUAGUAAUGAAUAGAAAUUUACUCUUAAUGUUAUGUUUCACAGUAAUUGGACGAGUCGCUGUCAGUCAAACGAGUCGAUUUGUGUUUGAUUGUUAUUUUUGUUAAAACACAAUUGCUUCAUUAACGUAUUAAUGUUUUACUCUGUUGUGUGAUUAAAAAAGUCACUUUUCCCGUGGUCCGGGGGUAAAGAAGCCAUUUCCAUUUAUACUAAGCUGAUAUUAAGUUCCAUAUGUAUAUUGUUGUGGAAAUAUUUACUAAAAACUAUUUUACUUUACAUACAGGCAAGUUUUGUGUUUCUGUUUUGUUCUUGAUAUGAUUUGUUUGUUUGUUCGUUCGUUCGUUCGUUCGUUCGUUCGUUCGUUCG